CAAUCACCAAUGCGGUAUCAAUGUAUCACGUGACCGUGUUCCCCACAUCCCGAAAAUUUCCAUCAUCUACAGUCCCAUUGGUUAUUGUUCCUGGUUAUUUUGUGUCCAUUAUUAAAACAAGCAUUAUUUACGAAGGAUGAAGCAAUAAGAAUUAUUGUCUGCAAAAUGGUAUACUUCGGAAGAUUUAUAUUUCUUAUGCGGUCGGAUAACCUAUUGCGCACAAGAAAUUGCUUAUUAAAUUUGUACCAAAAUGCCUCAAAAAGCACAUUGAAUCGGUUAAAAGAUACAAUCUUGCCACCAAAACCAAAGAAGCCAGAACCUCCGUUUCUUUUAUAUGUGAAACAUGUUAAACCCAGAUUUCUCAAAGAAACACCUGAUAUGAGAUAUUCACUGAUAUUAAAGAGAGCAUCCAAGGAAUGGGCAGAAUUAGAUUUUACCGGAAAGGAAUGUUUUAUAGACCAAUAUAAUACAAAUUUUGAAGUAUAUAAGAAUGAAUUAAAAGAAUAUAAUGAUUCUCUUACCGACGAACAAAAACAAUUAUGGAAAAAAAAGAAAAAAGAAUAUGAAAAAAUUAAUAGUGAUGUAGGUAAUAAACGGAAACAUGAAAUGCUUGGAAAACCAAAGAAGCCACCAAAUGCAUAUUUUUGUUAUAUAUCAUCAAAGAAAAAUAAUAAAAAUCCAGAUAUGACUAGUAAGGAAUGGGUAAAAUUAUUGACCACAAGUUGGAAAGAAUUAUCAGAAGCAGAGAAGGAAUCAUAUAUCACAGAAGCUACUCAACUUCAGACACAAUACUAUAAGGAUUUAGAAAAGUGGGAGAUGGAAAUGAUACAAUCUGGUCAUAUUGAUGUUGUGAGAUCUAAAAUUUUAACAAAAUAUAAGAAUGCUAAAAAAGAAAAUAAGGAAUAAAAAUUAAAGUGCUCUAUUCUAUUUUAACUAAUUAUUUCUAUCCAAUAAGUUAACAGCAAUUUAUUUCAAUUAUAUUCAAUAACGUUAUUAUACAUUUUGUAAGUUAAUGUGGUGAUAAUAGAAAAGUAUGUUGAAUCAUUUAGAAAUUGCAUUUAACAAAAGAUUUAUAAACUUAUAAAUGAAUUUACUACACUGCAUAAGCUCCUUUAAGUCAUUAAAAUAAAUUUAAAGCACACAAUCUAUCUUAGGUCAUACCAUAAGUUCGUGCCGACUUUUGUGUUUGUUAAGAUAUAUCCUUUGUGAGAUUUGCUGGGUGUUUCCUUUUUAGUCUUCUUUCUAUGGUUGUGUUGAUCGUUUCCGUUGCCAGCCGGUUCGGGUGCGUUGCUAUUCUUUCUCUGUACCUUCUUGCGAAUCUGCUAAUCUCUUCCUUAACCGAUGGUAUUCCAAGGUCUUUUCGUAUGUCCUCGUUUCUAACGUACCAUGGGGCGUUUACAAUUGAUCUAAGAAUUUUAGCUUGGAUUGUCUCUAUUUUGCUUAUAUGGACUUUUGUGUAUACAUUUCAUGUGUCGAUUUAUAAACAUACGGCGAUAAGGGACCAAUGCAUUUGAGCUUAGCUAAUCGAGAACAGGCUAAAGCAGAUUUUCGUGGGUAUAAGAUCGUAAUAUAGUGAACACAGUGACUUCUAACAGUAAAAAAUCAUGAGUGAAAUGCGUAUCCAUUUUCGACAUCUCAUGUUAUAUGAAUUUCGGAAAGGAAGUUCUGUAACAAUUGCCACGAAAAACAUAUGUGCUGUUUACGGAGAAAAUGCGCUUUCAUCUCGCACCUGUAGGAAGUGGUUCCAAGGUUUUAGAGGUGGGAAUUUCUGUUUAGAAGACGAGGAACGCUCCGGGCGUCCUCCUCAGACAGACGAAGAUAAAAUUCGGGAUCUUGUUGAAAAAUCACGAAGUUUGACAGUUCAAGAGAUGUCAAAUGUUCUGAAAAUACCUAAGACAACGAUUCAUAGGUGUUUAAAAAAAAUAACAUAUAUAACCGUUCGAAAAACGGCACGAACUUAUGGGAUGACCUAAUACUAAAAAAUUAAAAUAUGAUGAAAGACUAGAUGCGAAUGUCUUUUAAAUAAUAUUUGUAUUUUUUCUAGUAUAUAUCUUCAUAUUCUUUUGUGAAUAACGUUUGUCAUUUGAAGAGCAAAAUUUUAUCUUUUCACUAAAUAUAUUCACUUUUAAUUUA